GAAUAUGUUCUUAGAUGUAAUAAAUCCAACAACCAAGUGUCUGGAUCACCACAAUCCUGCUUCAACAUCAAACAAGUUGCUGUGCUUGAAAAGGCCCAGAACACAUGCUUACACAUGAUUUUUGGAGGUCACUCCACAUCUUCUACAUCUGUUUUCCGUCGCCUUGGGAAUCUUCUUAGCAUGAGGGAGAGGAUCUUGACUCUUGGUUUCAAGUUUGUAUAUCGUGCUUUCUGGUUGCCUGAUGAGGCUCUGUUUACUCUUCUUCGACCUGUUCUUACAAACCCAGCACACCAAUGGUUUAAGCUUUUAGCUAAUCCCAUUUGGUUGUCUCUCUCCAAUCGUCAGAAUGCUGAUUCUAAAGCUUGCAAGCAUGCCAUUCAUUCAUUUUUGAACCAGGGCCUCUCCUUGAAACGCUCUCAACAAAUACUUCUCUCUGCUUGCCGUCCUUCUCUUGGUGUUGACCCUAUUCUCUGGCUUCCCAUGACUAACUAUGAAUGUAGUAGAUUCAUACGCUGGCGUAUGGGGUGGCUUCCUGGACGUCCUCAACCUUGUUCCUGUGGAUUGCAUACCACCAGCCGUCAUCAUGUCAUUGAGUGCACUGGAGCUGCAAUUUGUCUCCAUCUCUAUUCUACAGUACAACCCAAUCCAAUUGAUUAUGUACUCAAUAUGCUGCCUAUGAAGAAACUUAAAAACAACAAGAACAAUGCCUUCUGGAUCUUUACUUGGCCAAUUCUUUGUAGAAUCAUAUUGGACAUAGAACAGAUCUGUCUCCCUGGGGUUGAUCUUGCUGAUCAUGCUGCAACAGACAGAGGACAACUCUUCUUGAACUGGCUACCCAAAUGA